CCUGAGCUUCCACCCGCCUGCGGCUUCUGCGAGACUCUCUCAUCUGCUGCCGCGUCGCUCCCAGCCUUCAAUUGCCUCCACUCCACCGCAACUUGGGUUUAUUGAUCGCCCACCGCAAUUUACCAUACGAAUCUCUCACCACGACACUGCAAUGGGCUCCAACAAGUUCUCGUUCAAGCCACUGACGCUUUCGCCCAUCAACUUCUCUUUGACCGAGGGCACGUCGAUACCCGCGCCGCUCGACAGCCCGCCCGAGUCACCUCGCCCGCCCACGCCUGGAAAAGGCCCACUGUCGUCGCAUCCUACCCCAAAGUCGCCUGGUUCCCCGCCGCAGACAGAGUCGCCGCCUCCAGGCAAAGCGUCAGAGGACUCGGCGGAUGCACACCUCCAGCAGAGCCGCACCAGCGAUGCGACCAGCGCCAUGUCCCCCACGAGCCCUUCGAGCAAGCGGCCUGCAUCCGUCCGCAAGUUCCUCGGCAUUCGAACGCUGUCGUCCAACGACAGCUUGAAGUCGGACAGGCCGGGCUCGCCGGCUACAAUCAACAGUCAAGCACCCAGUCUCAGCAGGAGGAAGAGCGGCAGUUGGUUCGGCAAGAGGAAGACAUUCAUCUCCGGAUCUGUUCCAGAAGGCACUGUGGAUUCCACAACCUACUCGAAUGGUCGCACUGUCUCUCAACCUGCCGUACAGGCCGCGCAGCCACCCAAGCCCAAGGGCCCGCCGCCUCCGGCGCUGCCAGGCCUGAGCACCUUCGGUGUCAACGAGGACACGCUGAGUCUCGGCGCCGACGACAUGUUCAAGGACAUAGGAAAGGCAGAUGUGCCCAAGUCGACACGGUGGUAGACGCCUAAAACACACUUGCAACGGGGGCAUGUUGAUGAUGCAUUUCUAACGGGUUUCGAGUUUAAUGUCCUUAUUGUUUAUACCUUUCACGGGCCACAGGUUGGAGUUCUGAAAAUUUGUGGCAUCAUUAUUUUGGCUUGCAUGUGCACAACGAUACCCCAGUCGAUACAGUAUAGCGAUGAAGUGGCACGUAUGAGUGCGUCCUAGAUGAGAUCUUGUGGCGACUGGGGAGGACGACGGGGUUGGCAGCCUUCAUUUACUCUGGCUUUACAUAUCACUACCUGCUAGCGUUCCCUUCGACGGUGCGUAUUUGGCCAUGGCAUCUCUCGCCGCCGGUCGCUAUAAAUUAACACUCUUACCUUACUACCGACUCUACCUGCCUUGUAUCCGAGAUAAUCAGACGUCAACAAUGCAAGAAACGUACCCCACGUGGCGCGGACCACGCGCGUUGCUGCGGUGGGCUAGCGCGAAACCCUGAUCACAACAAACAUU